AUGAAGCGAUGCGAGCCGGAUUCCAAGAACAAACUAGAGAGAAAAACCAUUGAAAAAAAUCGAAGGAUUAGAAUGAAAGCUCUUAGUUUCAAGCUCGUUUCCAUCAUUCCCGAUCGCCAUUUCAGCCAACCCAAGGAAUUCUUGUCACGACAAGAUCAGAUAGAUGAAGCAGCUGCUUACAUUAAGAUCUUGACAGAGAGGAUAGAAGCAUUGAUUAGAAGAAAGGCACAACUCAUAAAUCAUGGCGCGAAGACAAACUACGUGGCUAGAACUUCAUCAAAGCCUCCAAUUCUGACAGUGAGGGAGUUAGGUUAUGGUGUGGAGGUGGUGUUGAUCAGUGGC